CAGUCAUACAUAUGAAAGCUAUUAAAAAGUCGUCAGCAUCCAUUGUAACGGGGAAUAAAGUUCAAACUAGAACUUAUAGACUCAGGCAGACCACUGCAAGAGACAAUAAACUAAACUUUGUGGGACUGAAGUAUCUCAGCUCUAGUUUAAAAAAACAGAAAGAUCCAACAAAAACUUCUAAGAAGAGUAGCCGACUCAAAGUAUUCAAAUUUGAUCCCUCAAUAGUCAGAAGCAGAAAGCCUUCAGCAAGAGGAAAAUAGAGCAAUUUUUGCUAAAAAGGCUAAUCAAAUUUCAACCAAAAGGAUUAUAGAGGACUACGAUAGGGAAGAUAUCUUCCUUCCUUACAAUGAAACAUUCCAACUAAAAGACUAUCUAGAGUACGAGGAUGAAGAAGCAAAUCAAGCAACUAUUAAUGAAGAAAAAUGCUUAAAACCUCAAUCUCAUUGGACGAAAAUUUACACCUCAAUAAUGGAGAAACCCUAUUUUCUUAAAUAGACUCAAAGGUGUGAGGUUACAAAACCAAUCAAGGUCAAGAAGAAGACACAAGAUUGAAGAAAAGUUUCAAGACAUUCUUUCUAAAACUAUUCAACUCAAAGCGGGCAAUAAAUAGAAGCCAACCAAGAGAUAAUGAGCAUGGAAUCAAUAUCACCUUUAAUACCUUCAAGGUUAGUGAACACAAAUCAAGCACAAAUUCCCUCAGCAAGGCAAUUAAAAGAAGGAAAUAAAAGCUCCAUUGGCAUCAAACCCUCAACCUUGGAGAGAAUAGCAAGCCCAAAGAAAGGUUUACACAACUUCGGACACAAGCGACGUAGCAUGGAGGUAGACUGUACUAACAAAUUAAAAAUUGCACCUUUGAAAGGCCUGAAGUUAGAUAAUAUCUUCACGUACUCUCGCAAGCCUAAAAAUACUCCAAUGGCUAAGCUGAUAAACCUUAGCUGUGAAAAUCCGAGUUUAGAGAGAAUAAAAACCAUGAAGAAGACUUGUAUUGAAUUACAGAAGUGGGUCAAGUCCCAUGCCAAAUCAAGAUCACAAGACUUUCAUAUAGAAGCUGAGAAUCUUAAGCUUAAUUUUGAUAACUUUAUUCAAAAAUAG